AUGACGGACGACCGACGCCCGGGCGCGAGCGCGGUCGAGGAGACGGAGAUCGAGCUCGCGCGCGCGACCGCGGUCGUCGCGGUCGGGGAGGAGGAGGGCGGAAACGGACGAGGAUUGGGUCGGCGGCGAUGCGUGGCGACGACGCGUCGGUUCAUCGUCGAGGCGAGCGGGGGGCGGCGACCGAGGACGGCGGCGACCGAGGACGAGGGGAUGAUUGAGAUGACGUACGAUGACGUUCGGGCGUGCGCGCGGGGUGGAGACGGACGGUCGACGCUCUCGAGGGUGUUCGGAGGGGGGCGGGUGACGAUUCGGUUGACGACGCGGGACGGGCGAUGGGCCGAGGCGACGAUCGGAGGGAGGGAAGGCGACGUUUUUUGCGAUGCCGUGGAGCGAGGGAUGGCGGAACGAAGGCGAGAGAUGCGACCGAUCGGUGGGACGAGCGAGGCGGACAUCAGGCGCAGGGCGAGCGGGGCGUCGGCGGCGACGGCGGGCGUUGGCGGCGCGGUGAAUCGUCAACUGGAGCGCGCGGCGGAGACUCAGAGGACGAUGGACGAGGCGUUUUCCGACCUCGAGUCCCUCAUGGCGAAGGCUAGUGAUAUGGUCGCCCUGGCCGAGCGUCUCGCGACGAGCACGGAGAAGAAGAGCGGGACUGAAUCGGAGUUGCAGCGGUUGGUGCUCAGUCUCGGAAUCAAGAGUCCGGUGACGCGCGCCGGAUCCGGAGCAGAGUUUCAUCGAGAACUGGGCGCACAGCUCGCGCGCUGGAUCAAACCAGUGUUAGAUUCGUCGAAUGGCAUCAUUACAUUGACGGAUGCGUUCUGUUUAUUCAAUCGAGCGCGAGGAGUGGAGGUUGUUUCGCCGCAAGAUAUGUUGCGCGCGUGCGAAUCGUGGGAAUCUCAAGCGUUCGACGUACACCUGCGCGAGUUCGAGAACGGGGUGAAAGUGAUCCACACGACAGAACGCACUGAUGACGAGGCGUGUGCGCGAAUUAAGGCCCUUUUACCCACGCCAGAGAGUUCUCUCGACGCGUACGAGGCGGCGCAAACACUGGAGACCACGCCGGAAAUCGCGCUCGAGUAUUUGCGCAUGGCGGAAUCGCGAGGAAUUUUGUGUCGAGACGACGGGCCAACGCAAAUACGAUUUUAUGCAAACCUUUACGAGGAGGAGAUGCGGCUGGAUUGA